AUGUUGACGAUUUACACACACCAAGAGCUUUAUGUUCAAAAACUACCUACAGAUUUCAAAAGAAAGGCUCAGCACAUGUAUCUAUCUGAUUCCACCCAGCCAGGCGCUGUUUUUCUCAUACAAUUUAUCUGUGAAACAAAACUUUACAUGAAUCCAAACGAUUUUAUAAUUCCAAUCACAAACUUUCCAGAGUACGAUACUUUAUUAGUAAAGCUGAUACUUUAUUUUGAAGUCCUUGAAGCUCAUAAGGUGUUCCACGUCUACCACUCAAACCUCAUACAAUUACAGAAUUGCAAGCACUUCCACUGA